GCGGGGGCCAUCGGACAUCUUGGGCCGCCCCGCACGGAGCGGGGAGCGCCGCCGCCGGGCCCCGGGGCGGGAGCAGCCCGCCGCCUCUGCGCCUCCCGGCCCGCCCGCCCUGGCGCCGGCUUGCCUUCCCCUCCCCCGCCUCCCCCGGGCUGCUUAGAGCAUCCCUCCUCCCCUCUUGCAUUUGUCUUAAUUCUUCUCAGAGACAAGAUGGCAACGCCGGCGGCGGUAAACCCUCCCGAAAUGGCAUCAGAUAUUCCUGGCUCGGUGGCCUUGCCGGUGGCACCAAUGGCAAGUGGACAAGUGAGAAUGGCAGGAUCCAUGCCUUCCAGAGGAGGAAAGCGACGCUCUGGAAUGGACUUUGAUGAUGAAGAUGGAGAGGGGCCCAGCAAAUUUUCAAGGUAUGAUGGUGAUCAAAUCUCUGGUGAUAAGGAAAAGUUUGCAAGGUGGGACGAUGAUCAAAGUACUGCUGACACAGAAAGGAUGGCCAGGGAGAAUCAUAGUGAAAUUGAGAGACGCAGGAGAAAUAAGAUGACACAGUACAUCACCGAACUGUCUGAUAUGGUACCCACUUGUAGCGCAUUGGCUCGUAAGCCCGACAAGUUGACAAUUCUUCGGAUGGCGGUUUCACACAUGAAAUCAAUGAGAGGCACUGGAAACAAAUCUACUGAUGGAGCUUACAAGCCUUCAUUUCUUACAGAACAGGAACUGAAACAUCUUAUCCUGGAGGCUGCAGAUGGGUUCCUGUUUGUAGUUGCAGCUGAGACAGGAAGAGUGAUCUACGUAUCAGACUCUGUGACUCCCGUGCUGAACCAGCCACAGUCUGAAUGGUUUGGCAGCACUUUGUAUGAACAGGUUCAUCCAGAUGACGUGGAAAAGCUGCGAGAGCAACUAUGUACAUCCGAAAACUCUAUGACAGGGCGAAUCCUGGACUUGAAGACUGGAACAGUGAAGAAAGAGGGUCAGCAGUCCUCAAUGAGAAUGUGCAUGGGAUCAAGGCGCUCUUUCAUUUGCAGAAUGAGGUGUGGAAAUGCUCCUCUGGAUCAUUUACCUCUGAACAGAAUAACCACCAUGAGAAAAAGAUACAGGAAUGGCCUUGGCCCAGUAAAAGAAGGUGAAGCACAGUAUGCUGUUGUCCAUUGCACUGGCUAUAUCAAGGCUUGGCCACCAGCAGGAAUGACUAUACCAGAAGAAGAUGCUGAUGUGGGACAAGGUAGUAAAUAUUGCCUCGUGGCAAUAGGAAGGCUUCAGGUAACUAGCUCUCCAGUGUGCAUGGACAUGAAUGGCAUGUCGGUCCCAACUGAGUUCUUGUCUAGGCACAAUUCUGAUGGAGUCAUCACCUUUGUCGACCCAAGGUGCAUCAGCGUCAUUGGCUACCAGCCCCAGGAUCUUCUGGGGAAAGAUAUUUUAGAAUUCUGCCAUCCUGAAGAUCAAAGCCAUCUGAGGGAGAGUUUCCAACAGGUUGUAAAACUGAAAGGUCAAGUCCUGUCUGUGAUGUAUCGUUUUCGUACCAAAAACCGGGAAUGGAUGCUGAUCAGAACCAGCAGCUUCACGUUUCAGAAUCCUUAUUCCGAUGAGAUUGAAUACAUCAUCUGCACCAACACUAAUGUAAAACAACUUCAGCAGCAGCAAGCAGAACUUGAAGUACAUCAAAGAGAUGGGCUGUCAUCCUAUGACUUAUCUCAGGUGCCUGUUCCAAGUAUACCAGCUAAUGUUCAUGAGGGUGGAAAGUCUGUGGAAAAGCCUGAUGCUAUCUUCUCCCAGGAGAGAGAUCCUAGAUUUGCUGAGAUGUUUGCUGGAAUAACUGCUUCAGAUAAAAAAAUGAUGGCCUCGGCAUCCACAGCAGGAAACCAGCAGCUUUACUCACAGGGAAGCCCAUUUCAGCCAGGACAUUCGGGAAAGACUUUCAGUUCAUCUGUGGUACAUGUGCCUGGUGUGAACGACAUCCAGUCGUCUUCAUCAACAGGCCAGAAUCUGACACAGAUAUCUCGCCAGCUAAAUCAGAGUCAGGUUGCCUGGACAGGAAAUCGCCCACCAUUUCCAGGACAGCAAAUUCCAUCUCAGUCUGGCAAGGCUCAGUCAUCGCCCUUUGGGAUUGGAACAAGUCACACCUACCCAGCCGAUCCGUCGUCAUACAGUCCCCUUUCCAGCCCAGCCACCUCUUCUCCAAGUGGGAAUGCCUACUCCAGCUUAGCAAACCGAAGUGCAGGGUUUGCUGAAGGUGGCCAGAGCAGCGGCCAGUUCCAGGGGAGACCUUCCGAAGUCUGGUCCCAGUGGCAGAGCCAACAUCACAACCAGCAAAGCGGCGACCAGCAUUCACACCCACAGCCCAGUCAGACGGAGGUGUUCCAGGACAUGCUGCCAAUGCCGGGGGAUCCAACGCAGGGUACUGGCAAUUACAACAUUGAAGAUUUUGCUGACCUUGGCAUGUUUCCACCAUUUUCUGAGUAGCUUGCGAAGCAGAAAUGGAAGUUCUUCUCCAAGGCCGUUUCAGUGUAAAUUUGGCUCUGCUUUUUCUGUGUUGCAUUUCUGUAGAAGCUACUAAACCAGAAGACACAUUUCUCAUGUUUCAGAUAGUGGUGUAGGGCUUGCUCUCUCCUCCUUGGGGUGCGUCAGUGCCAACAGAGGAGCUCCAGCACUUGCUAGUGUUCAUUGACAGCUCCCUUUUUUUUUUUUUUUUUUUUUUUUAUUUUAUUGUCAUCUACCUCAGAGAUGAAAAACUUUGCUUGAUUUAAAAAAAAAAAAUCUCUGAGUCUUAAAUAUUUGAAUGUGAAUGAUACCUAAUACUUCCUUUGAAUGGUAAUUUUUAAAUAGAUAACGAAGUAACAAAGACUAACAGAGAAAAGGUAAGGUAAUGUCUUGUUACAGUGCCUACCGCUCAAUUUCGAUGCCUUGCUUUAAGCUUAAGUUUCUGGAAGCAGACACAAUAUUCUGUUUUCUUUGAUUCUUGUAGUUUUUAGGUCACUUUAAAUGUGAGAUUAAGCAACAUAACGUAGGCCUCUCUCACCAGAAGAUUCAGCUCCGCCUUUUCUAACUUAAACUUGAAUGUGUGUACAUUUUGGUACUUUAUGUAUAUCUUGUGCUGUAUGAAGUGAUUUCCUGUACUGGUUUCUUUUGCCUUUACAAAGGGUCCAUUCUGGAGUGUACUGAAAAGGUUGACAAUGUAUGUGGAGGAUUUAGAUAUCGUGGGAGUCUCCAUCACUUCACACAGGUGUUCUUACUUUUAAUUCAGGUGGUUCUCUAUUCAGAACAAACAUUUACUUACAUAAGCUAUUAGUCUGUUUUUGCACUGAAUUGAGGCCUAUAACUCUAUACAUUUCUCACUGGCUGCUUUAAUUUCUAUUGUUCUUGCUUUCCCAAAAAUAUGCCUCGUAAAAAAAGACUGUAAACACAUCAAGAUUGCAUUUUCUAUAUUAGCUGCAUUUCCUUUCUGUGAAGUACUUUUUUAUACUGUGAAACCUUACAUUUUAACAGUGCAACGUGGUGGCCUGUUACUAGGAAAUCAUUCAAGCUCAUUUGCUGCAAGCAGUGAGAUGGUUUUGUAGUGUAUAAUUUUUUUAGAGUGAGUUGGUAAUAGAUAUCAAUUGGACUAUUGUCCACUGCGUACACAGUGAUAACUUGAAUUUUUGCUUGGAUUCCCAAGCAAUCACUUCUCUUAAACCCUGUUAACCCUAUUCUGUUAAAUAUGGGAUUUUCAGCUUACCAAGUAUGUUGAGGACUCUUGACUAUUCUGAAUGCUAUAUGCUCUUCCGCAGAGGUAAGUUAAUCGCCUCAUCCUCUUGGGCGAGUCACCUACCAUAUGUCUUCACCAGAAAUUUUUAUUCAGCAUUUCAUAUGCAUGUCGAGUUACAGAGGUUGGGUUGUAAGGGUAGCAUUUUUAUCCAGAUCAUUUUUUCUGGGAUGGGAGGAGGAGGAGUCGCUCACGAAGGUCGAGGAGCCCAGAGUUCCCGCCUGUAGGUUGUUCAUAACGUUCAAGGUUGGACGGUGGUAGCCAGCCUUUGCAGAGGAGGAAGGGGACAGCUUCCCUCAGCCUUUGCGUAUUCAGGGGCCAUCACGGAAACAGCAACCCCAGGGCAUAGCCCCCAUUUAGAAGAUCUCAAUGUCUGCAGCAAUUCUUAGACCUCACAGCACUAAG